AUGGCCGCAGCUGCGCCCACGUCUAAUCCCGCCUUUGCUGACGCUGUGCAACGUGCACGGCAGAUAACGGCUAAGAUUGGAGGCUCGGAAAAGGCCGGGCAGAAGAGACCCAUGGAAGAUGGACCAGGUGGUGAUUACUGUAAGUCGAAAUUGAAAGACAAAUUCCGCUUUCAUCUUGCACAUACCUUUUAUGUUUCAGCCGCAGAUCCUGCGAAGCGGGCGGCGAUGUCUGAUCCCUUCGGGGCGCAGCUUGCCGCUUUGAAAAUUCCUGGAAUGAUCCUGGGACCCGUUGUGUCGGAAGAAAUUCGCGUUCCUGAUAAAAUGGUCGGCUUGAUUAUUGGCAGGGGCGGUGAACAAAUCACUCGCCUGCAGGGCGAAUCGGGUGCCAAGAUUCAGAUGGCUCCCGAUGCAGGUGGCACUCCAGACCGCUUGUGUACUUUGACCGGUAGUCAGGAUGCUAUCAAUUUGGCCAAGCGGUUGAUCGAAGAUAUUAUAAAUUCCAAGAUUCAAAGUAAUGGUGGGGGUGCCAUGAUGAGUUUCGGUAAAAUGGGCUUGACUAGUAGUGGAGGCGGCGGCGGCGGCGGAGGAGGAGGUGGCGGCGGCGGUGGCGGGGGGCCACCGGGCGGAUCUAUCGAAGUCAUGGUCCCUAGUAGCAAGGUCGGACUGGUUAUUGGCAAAGGAGGCGAAACUAUCCGAAAUUUGUCCGACAAGCAUGGGGUCAAGAUGCUAAUAGUGCAGGACAGCCCAUCGCAGGAAGGCGACAAGCCCCUGAGAAUCGUGGGGGACCCUCUCCGCUGUGAGCAAGCUAGAGAAGAUGUCAUGGAAAUACUUCAGAGUGCGCCCGGAUUUGAGGGGAAUGGAGCCAUGGGAAUGGGUCGCCGCCCUCGUCCAUUCGGCGACUACGGCUCUCCUGGCGGAGGUAGUUCAAUGGGAGGUGGUGGCGGCGGCGGACAGUUGGAAAUUUCUGUACCGCAACCCGCAGUAGGCGUGAUUAUAGGCAAGGGCGGAGAAAUGAUAAAGAAAAUUCAGAGCGACACCGGGGCUCGGCUGCAGUUCCAGCAAGGAAAGACCAUGAGUCCGGGAGAGCAAGUUCUGCUGUUGAACGGAAAGCCAGAUCAAUUAGCGGAAGCUCGGCAAAUGGUUAUCGACUUGAUCGACUCCGUCAUGGCUAGGGAUGAUGCGAUGGGUCGAGGUCGUGGUGGCCCUGGGAGAGGUAGUUCUGGGGGUCGUAGCGGAUUCGGUCCACCACGCAAUUGGAGUGGACCCCCUUCAGACAGCAGUUGGGGAGGACCUUCGAGGGAUGGACCCGGUGGUGGUGGUGGUGACAUGACUGAAAUCUUGUAUGCUGUUCCUGCGAACAAGUGCGGACUUGUCAUCGGCAAAGGUGGUGAAAAUAUCAAGCAGAUCAACGCUCAGAGUGGAGCACACUGUGAGCUCGACAAACGUCCGCCGUCAAACCCCAACGAGAAACUAUUCUACAUUCGUGGGCUUCCCGAUCAAAUUGAGCACGCGAAACAACUGAUCGGUGAAAAAAUCGGGGGUGGACCGCCUGGUCACAUGGGAGGACCCCCUGGUGGUUCCGGUUUUGGUGGAAGCAUGCAUGGAGGAAGAAGCUCACCUGUGAAUUAUGGCGCGCCGCAAGGUUGGAGUAAUUAUUCUCAGUGGCCGAAUCAGCAACCCCAAGGUCCGCCGAGUAAUGAUUCUGCUAAAGUCUCUGAUCAGUGGGCACAGUACUAUGCUUCGGUUUACGGCCAGACCUCUCAACCAGCUGCUCCGUCUCAGCCCGCGGCGGCUCCAAGUGCAGGUGGAGGUCAAGCGGAUUUCAGUCAGCAAUGGAUCGAUUAUUAUAAGACUAUUGGCGAUCUUGACAAGGCCGCUGCGAUCGAGAGUGCACUGAAAGCUAGACAAGCUCAGUCGGCAGACGUCAUGCAAGUUGGUGGUCCCACGUCUAUGAGUAGUGGUGCCGCUGCUCCCAGCGGGGGUGGUGGAGACGCCGCUGGUGGCAAAGCAGAUUACACAGCGCAGUGGAUAGCUUUUUAUCGUGCAAACGGAAUGAUCAAGGAGGCCGAGACGAUCGAGAAAAGUCUGAAGAGCAGGAGUGGAACUGGAGGUAGCGCAAGUGGCGGAUAUGGAGGGCCCAGCGGCGGUGCGGGUGGUUCCUAUUAUCCCACGAGCCAGACUGCGUACCCAGGCUACCAGUAGAACUCGGGUACGGACCUCGCGAAAUUAGGACGACUACGGACGUGGCGUUGAAGCUGGUGAGUAAGCCACUUUGGCGAGAAACCGUGCUACUCUUGCAGCCCCGCCCUUCUGUCUCUUUUCGUUUCCUUCUCGCGUUGUUGUUGUGCUGAGUGGCGAGCUGAGGUGGGAUCGUUGGAGGAUGAUCAAUAUUUUGUGGUCAUGAAAAAAAUGGGUGUGGAAAACUGCAGAAAAAUGUUUUCAAGGAGUUGCUAUUGAAGAAAGAAAUUAUGGAUAGAGAGAUGCGUUUUUUUUAAAUGUUCAUUGCACCACGCCAUUUCCUUGAAUGUCAUGCAAUUUCUGUAUGCCGUGUGCAACUUGCUAUAUGAUCUGAAGGUCGAGGUAGGCUCAGGCUGUGCUAGGAAUUGCCCUUGUUCCGGUUUAUAUGAUUGUCUAUUUCAUUGAGGGUUACAUGUGUUGACAGUGCAGCGCUUUUGUGUGAUUCACGGUUAAUGAUCCAUUUCAGUGAAUUUAUUCGUUUAAUAUUGAAUGUCGUUUAUUCAUGAUUUUAAAUGCGAUCUUCCGAGUGACGUUUAUUCGCUUAAUGUUGUAUGCCUCUCGUAUUUGUCAAUGCUGCUUUUUUGCUACUUUUGAUACUUGAUUUUAAUUGUCUUGAUGGCUGCUUUUUGACGUCGCAAUUGUUUUAGCCGAAGAAUUGUAUUUGUUGUUGAGAUUUCGUUCCUGUUCUUCAUGGGCUAGUGAGUCUAUAUUUUGGGAGCAAGGUGUGAAGUGAAUGAAGGAUUCCUUCCUUCCGGAAAACAAAGCGUGAGAUAAAUUCUUCCGUGCUAGUAGGAAUUUUCGAACGCCCACUGGGAAAAUAAAACGAUAUGGGCCUGUUGAAUGCAAGUUGUAGGAGGGCAUAUACAUUUUGUAUUGAAUGAUGAUCUUUCUGAUGUGGCGAUGGUUACUGGAAUCCCCAAAUGGUCAUAUUGUAUGUUCGGCUUGUGAACGGAAUGUUAGAGAAAGGGACCAGGUUGCGGGCAAGAAAUGAGUGGGCCGCCAUGACACCAGCCUCCAGCGACACCAGCGCCGACUGACGGUAACACCUGUCCCCCUUCCCCCGUUUUUCUAGGUUCAUUCUCGAUCAACGUGAUCCGAAAAUUUCUCGUGCGAAGACUAAGAAAUACGCAAAGAUGACUUUUAUGCUUGCAUGUGCGAGGAAUUGUCGGUGAAACGACGUGAUGCUGAGCGAGUUGCGUUUCACAUGUGAUCGUGUUUUCUCCUUGUUCUUGUCUCCAUUGUCUUACAGAUUGAAAUUGAAGAUAUUGGGUAAUGAGUGUCUCAACGGUGUGUUGCUGAUAUGUUCUGCGAUUCGCUUCAUCAUUUCCCCCCCUUUAUUCCCCCGUCCGCCCCGAAGGGCCGGGGAUAGUUGAAAAUGUUCUGUUAUGAAUAAGCGAGAUGAGAAAAAAAAUUGCUCCUUUCAUGUGUCUCGGGUUUUUACGAUUGUGAGAUGUCUUGAUUCGUUUCGCGAUUUGUUGACGGUAUGGGUCGGAAAUCAUGCUGAAUUAUUUUGUCGUUUCACCGGUCGUCAUCCCCUCCCCCGAUGGUUUUUUUUACGGAUAUGUCUCGGGUUUAUGUUCUUGCGUGUAUAAGAUUCAUCGCUGUUCAUUUGUCACGGUUUUGCUUUCGUAAGUUUUAACUGGCGAAAUCACGUGACGGGAUGUCGAGGAUUAAUUUAGUAAUUGCUGUUUGUUUUUUGUGGGAGGUUUCUUGCGAUGUGACACGUGUGGAUGAUAUCCAGUACAUAGUCCGUGGAACUCGCUGACAGAAACACGCUGUAUUUUUCAUGGUGUAGAGGUUUUUCGUGUCUACCUCGUGCCUCAACACAAAUUUCUGCAUGGCUUAUAUUCUUUUCGUCACAUUCUCUGUAACUUCGAAAUGUUUGUCCGUCUGUGUACGAGUGAAUUCUUGCUUGACAUGAGUGUAUCGUUUUUUGGAUUGUGUUCCACACGCCGCUCAUGACCUGACAUGACCUGGUUUCGCCCUUGGCCAAUACGGAUAUAUAUUUUUUUUCAAUUAACGUUUCGUCUAGUGAAAGGUAAAUAAAUGCACUCGACUAAUCAGAAACGCCACAAUAAUAGGUAUGCAGUACUUAUUAUGCUUACGUCAGAUUCUUUCAACAGUCUUUUACCCCUAAAAAAGUUGUGGUCAAUUCGAAUUCGACUUCCUAUUGUUCAACUGUAGGUCACUAUGUCUGAGGGAUUCUACAUCGCGUAUUGAUUCGGAGAUGUGAAUAUCAACUACCGUUUUAGCACCGAUUAAUUCCGACGGAUAAUUGCAAACCGAAACUCAGUUUUACCUCAAUAGUGCCGCAUUUUCUUUCUUACUCGUAUGUUGCCGACUCCUAAUGCUGCAUUCAUUGUCGGUAAGAAGUUGAACGGUGUUCCGUGUUUUAUUUAAACUUCUGAUGAAGUUGAUCGAACACACGUAUUGGGAUGCGACGUCUUUGGAUAUGCACGGUCGUAAGUAUCCAUUAUUGCCGAAUGCUUGCGUUGAGUAGAAAGAUUGCGUCAAAUGUUCUUCUUUUUUUUAAUUGAGACAGCGUCACGUACACUUCGCGUUUCCUCUUCGGAGGUGUUCGUCACAAUUUCUGUCAGAUAAGCUUAGAAUUUAAGAAAAGUUAUGAAGAACUUUAAAUCGUGAUCCCAUGCACUUCUUAGUACAUCAUGUUCUUGAUUCAACUGGGAAAAUUGACCUAGCCUGAAGAAUGGUAAAUUAUAAUUCAUGAACGGCGUGUGUACGAAUCCUUAAAUGUUUGUUGCGAAUAUGGUUCUGUUCAUCGUGCUGUUCUAUAGGUAAGUUCAAUCAACUCGUUUCCUUUGCGGGCAGUUUGUCUUCUGAGUCGGUAGCAAUUAUCUUUUUAUUUCAUAUUACAUCGGUCAUUUGCGCUUAGAGUUCUUGAUCUCAAGGGGGUUCGCGUCUGAGCAUCCACGUUGUUCUUUUUUUUUUACUUCUGUGUGCAAUGCUGCGUUAAAUAACUUUUUCUAGUAGCUCAUGUCCUCCCGUGAUUAUUUGCUGUCACUUCUUGGGUCGAUUGCUGAUCAAGAGGAAACGUCGCCGUUGUAAUCGGAUCGAUUUUUUGAUGAACGCUUUUCUUUUCUACUCGACUGCAAGUGCAAGACGGUUUCGUCGCACGUUUCUCUUGGUGGCUUUUUCAUUUUCUUGUAUGACGGAGCGUGUAAUUUUUUUUGGCGUUGGUUGUUUCGUCGAGCUUCUGUAAGCCAUCGUCGAAUUUUUCGCGGUGUAUCAUUUCUUCUUUCGUGUCGCUCGCGAGUGUCGUAAUGGUUAUUGACGAGGUCGAUUCUUCCUGGUAAGAAAAUAACAGAACACAUGUCGAGCAGAA